CCCAGCGACGGUCGUAUCGUAAGACCGGGGGACGCGGCGAUAGCGGCGGCUGUUGCGAUUGAUUGCGCUGGUUGCCUCCGGAGUCCACUUCCUUGGCCGCCCUUGCUACACUGGCUGAUUGUUGUGCAGCCGGCGCCAUGUCUGUGAGCGAGAUCUUCGUGGAGCUGCAGGGCUUUUUGGCUGCCGAGCAGGACAUCCGAGAGGCGAGCCCCCUCCCUUGCCUAUUCCCUUUGCCUUUCCAUGCCUAGUUGGGCCACUUCGCCCGGCCCUCCUCUGUCGCUCAGUCUUGGGCGGUGGGGUCUCCUCCGAGGGUGGGUUGUUUCCCCUCUAGCUUUAGAUUAGGCACUCCCCGCCCCCGCCCCAAAUUUUCCUGCUGUGUCCUGAUUCCCCGUGUUCGAGUCUCAGCUUCUCAGCAUCACUUGCCUCGUUUGUGUCAGUUUUCCUUCUUUUCAGCACUUGUUUAUAUCGAAGGCUCGAUUAGCCCCUGGUCUUCAGCGAAUGAGCGUUUCGUGUAUUUUUGUUGGUGUCUUAAAAGCACGUGUGAUCUCCUGCUUAAAACUCUCCUAUGGUUUCCUAUCCCACACGGGAUAAAAAAUCAGACUCUACUGUGGCUCACAUGGUCUCUCUUCAGCCUCGUUUAUGCUCUCUGUCUUUGUGUGUGAUGUUCACUUUACCUUUUCUAGUGCCCCAAAUAGCUUCCUGCCUCUGCUUUUUCUGGAAUUUGCUUCUUUCUCGUUCUUUUCCUGAUUGUCUCGUAUUUAUCUCAUUGACGUCACAGUCUAAACGAUCUAUUUCCUGUUAUGUUUUCUAGUAGCACAUUAACUUUUUUUAAUGUGUGUAAUGUUGAUGAUUUUAAAAAAAUCUUCUCCCCCAUUGUAUGUUAAACCGCCAGAGGGAAGGGAUUGUGUGCUUGGUUUCCCAGUAUUUACACAGUGCCUGGCACAUAAGUAUGCUCAGUGAAUAUUUUAAAAAUGAAUUAGAGGCGGGGAAGCGGCGCCUCAUGCCUGUAAUUCCACCAUUUUGGGAGGCCCAGGCGGCCAGAUCACCUGAGGAAAUCAGAAAAGUUGUACAGAGUUUAGAACAAACAGCUCGAGAGAUUUUAACUCUACUGCAAGGGGUCCAUCAGGGUGCUGGGUUUCAGGACAUUCCAAAGAGGUGUUUGAAAGCUCGAGAACAUUUUGGUACAGUAAAAACACAUCUAACAUCUUUGAAGACCAAAUUUCCUGCUGAACAGUAUUACAGAUUUCAUGAGCACUGGAGGUUUGUGUUGCAGCGCUUGGUCUUCUUGGCAGCAUUUGUUGUGUAUUUGGAAACAGAAACACUAGUGACUCGAGAAGCGGUUACAGAAAUUCUUGGCAUUGAGCCAGAUCGGGAGAAAGGAUUUCAUCUGGAUGUAGAAGAUUAUCUCUCAGGAGUUCUAAUUCUUGCCAGUGAACUGUCGAGGCUGUCUGUCAACAGCGUGACUGCUGGAGACUACUCCCGACCCCUCCACAUCUCCACCUUUAUCAAUGAGCUGGAUUCCGGUUUCCGCCUUCUCAACCUGAAAAAUGACUCCCUGAGGAAGCGCUACGACGGAUUGAAAUAUGACGUGAAGAAAGUAGAGGAGGUUGUCUAUGAUCUCUCCAUCCGGGGCUUCAAUAAGGAGACGGCAGCAGCUUGUGUUGAAAAAUAGGAGGCUCUCCUUGCUCCUGGCCUUGCUGACCUCAGCAGUUGCCAGGAAGGGGUGAGCACAGAGUGCCUCUUACGGUAGUUAGGAUGCCCAGUUGCUAAACACUGCGCUUUAUUUUCUUAACCAGUUGUGGUGUGAGUAUCAGAAUUGAAACACUUUUUUGGGGGUAAAAAAUAUAGCCUUUACAUUUACAGAAUUUUCUUUGUUAUUUCAGUGAAUUUGCUCUGUAAUUCAGUGUAUUUCAGUUCUGUCAAAAAGUGUAAAUGUUAGUUUCUUGGUAAAGUCCUUUUCUUGCUUACCUUGACUGUUGAUGUACUGAUUGAGAAGUUCAUUGUCUCGUUUGUGAUUCUUCCAGAUGUGAUGCUUGAUAUUUUCUAUAUGCGAGUUAGCCAUCCACACCUAGGCAUAGCCUGGAUACGGUAUAAAAAUAGAUAAUUAAAAAGAUGGUUGCCAAGCAAGGAAAACUUAUUUUCUAUUUUCUCUUCCUUAUUUUAAGCAUUGUGAGUAAAUCAGAUGUUGAAUUCUUUUGCCAAGGGAAUUAUAGCCCCAGGUUCUCUCUCACUGCCAUCAAAAUAUAAAAGAUUAAACUGCAAAGUCAAGCUCAACAGAUUAUUUUGGAAAGUUUUUGUAUUAAGGGAUUUAGUAACAUCAUUUGGUUCUCCACCAAGCAGGGAGUAGGGCUUAGUGUUUUAAAACACCUCUGCUUUCUGAUGUUGCCUUAAUAUCCUGCUAUUGCAGCAAUUAAAAAUUUUCUUCAUGUACAUUUGGAACUAACAGGUGAUGUGAUAUAUUCCUAAAUUAUGAAACCUUUUUCCUAGUAGUCAGCUAGAUCAUUUGUUCUGGGAGUAUAAAGCCACCCACGUAAGUUAAUAAGCAAAAUCCUGACUAUUAUGUUGUUAGAGAAAAAUGCUUUGCUUUGUCUGGAAGAAAGAUAAAAUAGUGAAUUAUAAAUAAAUCAGGCCGGGUGUGGUGGCUCACACCUGUAAUCCCAGCACACUGGGAGGCCAAGGCAGGGGGAUUGCUUGAGCUCAGGAGUUCGAAACCAGUCUGGGCAACAAAGUGAGACUCCAUCUCUAUAUAAAAACAAAAAACACGAAAGCACACACAAAUCAGUGGGAUUUGGUAAUGUGUUUUAGAGUAAGAAAUUUCAGGUUGUUGGUGACUAUCCCAACAGUUAUGUUUUAAAUGUACAGUUUGGGGCAAGUCAUGUAAAUACUGUUGGUGAUCUUCCCCCCACGCCCCAAUUUUCAAGUAGUACUAAGAGUAUGUGCCAGGAAACUCUUGCUAUUGAAUUGAGAUGAUUAAAAUGGUGACUUAAUCCAUAGUUAUUUUGCACCCACUGAAAGGAAAGUGCUUUCCAGAAUAAUAUGAAGUAUCUAAAAGUGUCACCUUUUCUUGCCUGAUCAACAAUUUGGGCUUCCUGUUUGUACAAGGGGCCAUUUGGCAUACCUUUCACAGCUUUUAUCAGGCCGAGUUAAAGGCUGACUACAUUUUUUCGUUACGAGGAAAGCAGUUGAAAUUAGGCAUGGGUUAUUAUGCAUUGGGAUUUUAGAACAAUUUUCUUGUGACAGCUCUUUUUGUGAAGUUAGGUUCUUAAAAGUGCCCAUGAUGGUCACUUAAAAUGUGCAGUGAUAGCACUGCCAGGAUCAAGCAUGAAAGGCUUUUAAAUUAAAUCAUCACACAUAAGGUAAUACGUUUGAUACUAAUUUUUUUUUUUUAACCUCUUUAAGUAUUGAUUCUGCUUGAGAAUAUUGAAGUACUUGCCAGAAGUUGUGGAUUUCAGUUUUAACAAAUGCUAUGUAAGUGGAGAAGCACACUCUGGUCUUGGAAUUCCAUUUGAGGAUUUAGAAGUGUCAUGUUUAUAACUAUUGAGUUGUGUUUGUUGCUGGCUUGUUGUAAAGCAAUAAAUUUUUUUUUGGUCUUUUUGUAA